CCCCCCCCCCCGCCCCUUCCCCCUCCUCCUCGUCUCUCGUUCUCGCUGCGACGAACCCUAAAUCCCUUCCCUCUUCCAACUCUGCUCCUCGAUCGAGGAAGAGUCGAUCGCAGAAGACCAGGAACGCUUGCCCCUUCGCGCUCUUUUGCUCUGAUCCGAGAGACCAAAUAUAUUUGUCCAGAUAUAAUCAGGUCAAACCGGCCUUUCUUGCGGUCGGGUUCGACUUAACUCGAACCGGACGGUCUGAACCGCCACCGAUUUCCUUCGGAGCAGUAACAAUACCGGUAUCGUUAUGGGGUAUAAACCGUGAAGCAAAACCCUAACCUCUCUUUCCUUCGCUCGGCCUCCCUUCGCCUCCUCUCUCGUCAGGAGAGUGGUGAAACACCAACAAAGGAUAGGCUGUCAUGGCUGACGACGAGCCGCAGCCCCUUAACUAUGUCCAAGAGACAGUGUUGAAGAAAAGAAAAAACAAUGAGGAAUGGGUUAUCAAGAAAAGGGAGCGAUUAGCAGAGCGAAAGAAAAGUAAAGAAAGCUUGAAGCCUGCCAUUAAAAGGCCUGAAGAGUUUGUCAAAGAAUAUCGUGACAAAGAGCUGGACUUUGUUCGCAUGAAGCAGAGGCUAAAGCUACGGAAAUCUUCCAAUGAUGCCAUAAAGUCUAAGUUACUUUUUGUUAUUCGCAUCCAUGGAUCAAAGGAUAUGCAUCCCCGGACAAGACAAAUCUUAAAUAAGUUGCGGUUGAGACAUAUCUUAAGUGGUGUAUUUCUGAAAGCCAAUGAAGCAAAUUUGAGAAUGCUUCUGACUGUAGAACCGUUCAUUACUUAUGGUUAUCCUACUUUGAAAAGUGUGAGGGAGCUUGUUUACAAGAAGGGCUGUGGAAAUAUAGAAAAGGAGAGGACUCCUCUUACUGACAACAACGUCAUUGAGCAGGCACUUGGGAAGUAUGGUAUCAUCUGUCUUGAAGAUGUCGUGCAUGAGAUCGCCACAGUGGGAUCACAUUUCAAGGAGGUUACCAGCUUCCUGUGGCCAUUCAAGCUUAAAUGCCCAGAACGCAGAUUACAGAUGAAGAAAAAGCUCUACAAGGAGGGUGGCGAUGCAGGCAACCGUGAAGAUCACAUCAAUGAGCUCAUUGAUAAGCUGAACUAAGAGGGAUGAGCUUGUGGUGGUCCAUGUCAAGCAUGGAUGACAUCAAUUAAACUAGUUUUGCCAGACUUUUUAGCUUUUUAUGGCUUGGAAAAGUAUUUUGUGGAAAUCAGUAAUGUUGUAUUCCCUGGCAUCUUUUUGUUUUCUUCUUUUAACAUCAAAAUCAUAAUCGUCUUGUCUUUUUGACUCUUUUAACAUCCUCAAUAGAUUCUUCCACUCGUCAUGUUCAUAAUUUUGUUUUAAUGAUCAUCUUUUUUCA